AUGGAUGACAAGCUCCUCCUGGCGGCUUUCCACAAUGGGGUUCACUCUGAUUUGUUCAUCCACAAGCUAUAUGAGCAAGAGCCUCAGACCAUGGCCGAGCUCGUCCACUCAGCCCAAAAUUUUAUGAAUGCGGAGGAUGCUAUCAUAGCCAAGAAGAGGAAGAAAAUUGAGAAAAUGGAUGCUAACCCCACUCGCCACUCAGAACAAGGUCCUCAUCUUAAGAAAGGACGAACAGAAGACAAAAAGGAUCGUGACAGGAAGGCAGGCCCCUCAGUACGAAGUCAGCAGUAUACGCCAUUGAACAUGCCACUUGAUCAAGUCCUAAUGCAAAUCAAGGAUGAUCCUUCCUUGAAAUGGCCAGAAAAAAUGAAGGGAGAUCCAAAUAAGCGCAAUAGAAACAAGUAUUGUCGCUUCCAUAGAGACCAUGGGCAUGAUACGGACGAAUGUUUUGAUCUAAAGCAGCAGAUUGAGAAUCUUAUAAGGCAGGGGAAGCUAAGAAGUUUCCUAGGUCGAGACCAUAAGGACGAAAAACUCAAGGGAAAAGCUGAAGAGUCGUCACGGCCACCUCUCGGAGAAAUCAGAGUUAUCGUCGGAGGGAGCUCCACAGUUCAAUCGUCCAGGUCCAGGAAAACAUACCUGAAGGUGGUGCAGAGCGUCCAACUCUCUGGACGACCACCUAGAGAUAGGGAUACGGAUGAACAGGCAAUCACAUUCACCGAGGAAGAAGCUAAAAGAAUCCACCAUCCUCAUGACGAUGCUAUUGUCAUUACCUUGCUCAUCGCUGACUACACAACCAGAAGGGUACUCGUUGAUAAUGGAAGUUCGGCAGAUAUCCUGUAUCUUCCAGCUUUUCAGCAGAUGAAGUUAGGACGAGAUCGUCUUCGUCCGGUGAAUUCUCCAUUAGUAGGUUUUGGUGGUAUGAAGGUGCAGCCCGUGGGUAUUGUUACGUUACCAGUGGUAGUUGGGGCAUAUCCGCAGCAAGUCACCAAGGACGUGAGUUUCCUGGUAGUAGACUGUUCGUCCUCCUAUAAUGCCAUAAUUGGGAGGCCAACUUUGAAUAGUUGGAAAGCAGUUACAUCCACCUAUCAUCUAUCAGUCAAGUUCCCAACAGACUAUGGAGUAGGACAAGUGCAAGGAGAUCAACUGGCAGCGAGAGAGUGUUACUUGGCAAUGUUGGCCACAGACGAGCAAGUGCAGACCGUGACUAUUGAAGAAAAAAGGGUCGUGGUAGAACCUAUUGAAGUGUUGGAAGAUGUUCCCUUAGACAAAAGGAACCCUGAGAGAUGUACCAGGGUGGGGGCAGAUCUAGAAGGAGGAAUUAAAGAAAACCUUGUCCAGUUUUUGAGGAAGAACAUAGAUGUGUUUGCUUGGAGUCAUGAGGAUAUGCCUGGAAUAGAUCCUAAUGUCAUCACCCAUCGCCUGAACGUAUGUCCAUCCUCGAAGCCAAUACGACAAAAGAAAAGGGUGUUUGCUCCUGAGAGAGAAAAUGCUAUUAAGGACGAGGUUCAAAAAUUGAUGGCAGCGAAGUUUAUCCGGGAGGUGUACUAUCCAGAUUGGUUGGCCAACGUAGUGAUGGUCAAAAAGGCGAACGGCAAGUGGAGGAUGUGUGUGGAUUUUACUGAUCUGAACAAGGCUUGCCCAAAAGAUAGCUAUCCAUUACCACGCAUUGAUCAGCUGGUGGACUCAACCGCGGGCCAUAAACUUUUUAGUUUUAUGGACGCUUUCUCAGGAUACAACCAGAUACGGAUGGACGAGGUUGACCAGGAGAAGACCUCAUUUGUUACAAGUCAGGGCUUAUUCUGUUAUGAAGUAAUGCCCUUCGACUUGAAAAACGCUGGAGCAACGUAUCAACGACUGGUCAAUCACAUGUUUCGUCCUCAGAUUGGGCGAAAUGUCGAAGUGUAUGUGGAUGAUAUGUUAGUGAAAAGUUUGGAAGAAUGUAAACAUUUAGACGACUUACAAGAAACCUUCAACACACUCAGACAAUACAGUAUGAAGUUGAAUCCCAGCAAAUGUGCUUUCGGAGUAGCAUCGGGAAAAUUUCUUGGAUUCAUGGUCUCACACAGGGGGAUCGAGGCAAACCCAAAAAAGAUCAAGGCAAUCCUAGAAAUGAAGCCUCCGCAGAAUGUUAAAGAAGUUCAAUCUCUCACCGGGCGAGUUGCCGCCCUCAACAGGUUUGUCUCCAAAGCUACUGACAAGUGUUUGUCAUUUUUCAAGGUUAUAAAGAAAGCAUUCGAAUGGACGGACGAGUGCCAAAGAGCCUUCCAAGAUUUGAAGACGUAUCUUGUCACACCCCCGUUGCUAAGUCCAUCCGUGAUAGGAGAGGAACUGUUUUUAUACCUGGCGGUGACCCCACAUGCUGUGAGCUCAGCACUGAUAAGAGAGGAAGCAAAAAUGCAAAAGCCAGUAUACUACACUAGUAGGGCAUUGAGGGGGGCGGAAGGGCGAUAUCCGCUAAUAGAAAAGCUGGCUUUCGCGCUCAUCACGGCUUCCAGGAAGUUAAGACAUUACUUCCAAGCCCAUGUAAUCAAUGUUAUGACAGAUCACCCAUUGAAGAAAGCUAUGAACAAGUUGGAAGCCGCAGGACGUCUGAUCCAAUGGACAAUCGAACUUAGCGAGUUUGAUAUUCGGUACCAACCAAGACAUGCUAUUAAGGCUCAAGCCCUGGCAGAUUUUAUUGCGGAGUUCACACCAAGAUGCGAUGAUGAAGUGCAGGAGGAUAAAAGGUGGGUGAUCCAUGUAAACGGCUCGUCCACACAGCAUGCAGGAGGAGUAGGGGUGGUUUUGCAAUCCCCUGAAGGAGACAAGUUGAAGCAUAGAGUCCGUCUGCAAUAUCGACCGACUAACAAUGAGGUGGAGUAUGAAGCUCUGCUUAAAGGGCUAGAAUUGGCUAAGUCUGUAGAAGCGGAGUCAGUUCUCGUCCUGGGAGACUCUUCGUUAGUAAUGGGCCAAAUAAAUGGGACAUAUGAGGCGAAAGAAGAACGAAUGAAAAAGCACUUGGAGAGGGUAUUACAGCUUGUGAAAAAAUUCAAGAAAGCUAACUUUAUUCAAAUCCUGAGGGAAGAGAAUGCGGAAGUAGAUACCUUAGCGAAGGAAGCCUCAGCAACCGGAACAACCGACGAGUAUGAUGAAAUUCAGUACAUCCCGAGUGUAGAUCUCCCGGAAGUGCAGCAAAUAGGGAAUGAAGAAAAUUGGAUGACUCCAAUCGUCUCGUAUCUGAAGGACGGGAGACUUCUGGAAGCAAGAGACAAAGCUAAAAAACUCAGGAUAAAAGCAGCCAGGUACGUCCUUAUGGACGAAGUUCUUUAUAAGAGGGGCUUUUCUCAACCUUAUCUUAGGUGCCUGGCCCCAGAGGAGGCGAACUAUGUGCUGAGGGAAGUUCAUGAAGGAGCUUGUGGAAACCAUUCGGGAGCCAGAACGCUCAUCCACAAAGUCGUCCGUGCAGGGUACUAUUGGCCAACAGUCCAAGCGGAUGCAAAAGCAUAUGUCAAGGCAUGUGACAAAUGUCAACGAUUCAGCAAUAUCCCCAGGCAACCAUCAGAGUAUCUCACCCCAAUGAUGGCCCCAUGGCCCUUUGCUCAAUGGGGCCUAGACAUCCUGGGUCCUUUUUCCACUUGGAACUAG